GCCAAGCGCGGAAGGAACCUCCGGGGGCCAUGGACGGGGCUGUGAUGGAAGGGCCGCUCUUUCUGCAGAGUCAGCGCUUCGGGACGAAGAGGUGGAGGAAGACCUGGGCCGUGCUCUACCCCGCCAGUCCCCACGGCGUAGCGCGGCUCGAGUUCUUUGACCACAAGGGGUCGAGCUCCGGCGGCGGCGGCCGAGGGGGCUCGCGCCGCCUGGACUGCAAGGUGAUCCGCCUGGCUGAGUGUGUGAGCGUCGCGCCUGUGGCCAUGGAGAGUCCACCUGAGCCCGGCCACACUGCCUUCCGCCUGGACACUGCCCAGCGAUCACACCUGCUGGCGGCGGACGCACUGUCCAGCGUGGCCUGGGUGCAGACGUUGUGUCGGAACGCCUUUCCGAAAGGCGGCUGGGCCGUGGCGCAGGGUGAGAGCCCACCCAAGAACCCACCGAAGCUUUCAGCCUUGGAGAUGCUGGAGAACUCUCUCUAUAGCCCCGCCUGGGAAGGUAGAUGGCAGGGAAGCCUGGGCAGGGACGGAGGGAUGCUCUUGGGGAGUGGGAACAUGAGAGAGUCUAAGGACGCAUCGAGAAGUAGGAAGACCUUGAGAUCUGACUUUCAAGUGAGUUCUUCAGUCCACCCUGCCUCCAGAACCCUCUCUCUAGACUCCCCGUCUAAUUGUGUAUUCCUUUCAGGAUCCCAGUUCUGGGUAACUGUGCAGAGGACUGAGGCCUCUGAGCGCUGUGACCUUCACGGUUCCUACAUGCUGAGGGUAGAGGCUGAAAAACUGACUCUCCUCACCUUGGGGACUCAGAGUCAGAUCCUGGAGCCACUCCUUUCCUGGCCCUACACGCUGUUGCGUCGCUAUGGCCGAGACAAGGUCAUGUUCUCCUUUGAGGCUGGUCGACGCUGCCCCUCUGGCCCUGGAACCUUCACUUUCCAGACGACACAGGGAAAUGACAUCUUUCAGGCAGUGGAGUCUGCUAUUCAACGGCAGAAGGCUCAAGGAAAGGCAGGACAGGGACAUGAUGUCCUCAGAGCUGACUCCCAUGAAGGAGAGGUGGCCGAAGGGAAGUUGGCUUCCCCUUCUAGUCCCCAGGAGCUGGGCAGCCCCCCAGCCCUCUAUGCAGAGCCCUUAGAUUCCCUGCGCAUUCCUGCAGGCCCUUUGAAGGACUGUGUAUACUCAGACCCGGUGGACAGCACACCUGCCCAGGCAGAAGAGGGAGUUCAGUCAAAGAAACCUCUCUAUUGGGACUUGUAUGAGCAUGUGCAGCAGCAGUUGCUGAAGGCCAAGUUGACAGAUUGCAAAGAGGACCCCAUCUAUGAUGAACCCGAAGGCUUGGCCCCAGCUCAGCCUCGGGGCCUGUAUGAUCUACCUCAGGAGCCCAAGGAUGCGUGGUGGUGCCAGGCUCGGGUGAAGGAGGAGGGCUAUGAACUCCCCUACAACCCAGCUACUGACGAUUAUGCUGUGCCACCCCCUCGAAGUACAAAGCCCCGCCCAGCUCCCAAGCCUCAGGGCUUGGCCUUUUCUGAACCUGGUACUGUGACUAGCAUCAGCAGCAAAAGCCAAAGCCAAGACACUGCCCUGUACAGUAAGGUCCAGAAAAGUGGGGCUUCAGGGGGACGGGACUGUGGGCUUUCUAGAGUAGAGACUGACAGGGCUGAAGUCAAAUCAGAGGGCUCCACCUGAAAGGGAGUACAUGGGAAGAUGGCACUGGGAAUCAAAGCAGCUGGUUAGAACCAGCAGGAACAAGAGGGUGGGAGGGACUCAUGUGAAACCUGAGGACCAGAGGGGUCAGAGGAAGGACUGUCAGUUCCAGGAAGUCCUAGGAAGUGGAGCAGAUGGCCCAGCUGAGGGGUGACCUCAGCCAAGGGUUAGCACCUCUACAUUCCCCAAGGAGCACCAGGUCUGUGAAAAGUGGUACUCAGUCAGUGUGGGUGCAGUUUGAGGUGCCUGUUUAGAGGUUGCCUUGAUCUUUUUCCCUGCACUGUUCUUUAUCAGAGAUGUAUUUUUUACAUUAAAAAAGAUUGCAUUAAAGUCAGUUUGAGUUUAA